UAAACCCCGCCAACUUAAAGAAGCAUAGAACGACAAGAGACCAAACAACAAUUACUCAAAUCGUAAACCCCACCAAAUUACAUGGAAGUUUAUGUUACUGAUUGUUGUCGAGCAAACUGUGUGCAAGUCUGACAUUCUACUGUGCUCCUUCUUAAACUUUUUCUUUAAAUUAUUCCCAUUUGAGUCUAAGUCACUAUUACAACUAGGAUAGGCAAGGGGUCUUGUAAGCCUACAAAUACCCCACUAUUUUUGGCCUAUGUUUGCAACUCACAGAGGUCUAUAAUUUGUUGCUAUAACAAUGAGGAUGGUCCUAAUCGGUUAGUCGGUUAACCAUUUAACCAUAGAUGAAUUAUUAGUUAAAUUUGGCUAUCGAGAACUGACCGUUUACUAUUUAUUCGGUUAUUGGUAUAACCGUUAAGCACCGGUUCCGGUUCGAUUAUCAAUUACACCAUUAAUGGGAUAACUGUUUACCAUCCCUACAUCCAAUACAUGAGUCCUCACCAUUUCUCUUAAAUUGGAGUCUUCUGUGAUUUUUAUGUUGGGAAAUCAAGUAAACAAUUCCACCACGCAAAAAAAGAAAGAAGCAAGUACAUAAUAUAAAUUUCCAGGACCUCAUUUUCCCUUUCAAUAUUAGCAUGUCAACUAUCAUCAUGUGAAUGAGUAUAAAUGAAAUAACUGUGCAAAAUAUUGUAAUGUGAGUUUCCAAAUACAAUUGAUAUAAUUGGAACGAAAAAUAUAUAAAAUUAUUUUGAUGUCUACUUAUAAAAAAAGUUCAUUAUCACAAGUUGCAUAAUAAAUCGUACGAAUGUUGGAAUAUAAUAAUAUUUUGACAAGAUUUUGAAUGACACCAUUAUAAAAAUUAUAGAAUGACAACACUAAAAAUAAUUGAAAUGUUAUCAUGAAAUUUAUUAAUGUAAAAAAAAAAUGAAUUCACCCGCCCAAUGGGCGGGCUCAAAGCUAAUAAGGCUUACAAACAAUUGUUGACGGAAAAUAAUUGUGAAAGCCCAAUUCGAUCCGAUAACGUUAUUUGCCCGUUCUAGCUGUCCAUGGGCUUAUAGUCCAGGGUCCGUUGAAGAAAAUGGAUCGGUUUGAAAGCUUUGGCCCAACCCAAACGACACAUUCGAAAGCUUCUUCGUCCUCAGUGAACUAUACCGUAAAAAGGGAAGGGAAAAAAAAAAAAAAACGUUUACUGACGAACUCCGUUCUAUUGCUUAGCGAUGGUUGAAUUCGACUCCCGAUUCACCUAAAGAAACCCCAAUCAAAUCAACACAAAAAUUCCCAGACCGGAAGAAUCUCGUCUCCAACCAAUCUCCAAUGGCGUCGUCUUCUUCUCCUUCACUGAUGGACUCGCUCUUCCAGCGCAGUCUCGACGACAUCAUCAAGGGCCUGCGCCACCAACAAGCUGGGGAGUCAGCCUUCGUGUCCAAGGUCCUCGAAGAAGUUCGCCGGGAGAUCAAAUCGACCGACUCCCACACCAAAUCGACUGCCCUCCAGAAGCUCACCUAUCUCCACUCCAUUUGUUUCGUGGACAUGUCCUGGGCUGCUUUCCACGCCAUCGAAUGCAUUUCCUACCCGAAUUUCACCCACAAGAAGGUUGGUUACCUCGCCAUCUCCCAGUCGUUUCAGGAAUCCACCCCUGUGAUUCUGCUGAUUUCCAACCAAUUGCGCAAGGAUCUGAAGAGCAACGUGGAGGUCGAGGUGAGUUUGGCCCUAGAAUGCCUCUCCAGAAUUGGGAACCUUGAUCUGUGUCGCGAUCUUACCCCUGAAGUUUUCACUUUGAUGGCCAGUUCUAGGAUUCCUGUUAGGAAGAAAGCUAUAGGUGUUGUUUUGAGGCUGUUUGGGAAAUACCCAGAUGCAGUUAGGGUGUGUUUUAAGAGGUUGGUGGAGAGUUUGGAGAGCAGUGACUCUCCACCAAUUGUGUCUGCAGUUAUUGGUGUGUUCUGUGAACUUGCUUCGAAAGACCCCAAGGCGUAUCUUCCCUUGGCACCUGAGUUUUAUAAGAUAUUGGUUGAUUCCAGGAACAAUUGGGUCUUGAUCAAAGUGUUGAAGAUAUUCACUAAGCUGGCUCCUCUCGAGCCGAGGUUGGCUAAAAAAAUAGUCGAACCGAUUUGUGAGCUGAUGAGCAAGACUGGAGCUAAAUCUUUGAUGUUCGAGUGUAUCAGGACCAUCUUGACUAGCUUGGCAGAGCAUGAAUCUGCAGUAAAGCUUGCAGCUGGAAGAAUUAAUGAGCUAUUGAUUGAUGAGGAUCCGAAUCUCAGGUAUCUUGGAUUGCAUGCUUUGGCCAUAGUUGCCCCCAAGCAUAUUUGGGCAGUGUUGGAGAACAAGGAAUUUGUGAUCAAAUCUUUAAGCGAUCCGGAUCCCAACAUAAAGCUUGAAUCUUUGCGGCUGGUUAUGGCAAUGGUGUCCGAGAGCAACGUGGUUGAGAUUUGUCGGGUUUUGGUCAACUACGCUACUAAAUCCGAGCCAGAGUUCUGCAAUGUGAUUCUUGGCUCAAUUUUGUCCACAUGUUCCAAUAAUGUGUAUGAGAUCAUAGUUGAUUUUGACUGGUAUGUGUCACUUCUAGGCGAAAUGUCGAGAAUCCAACAUUGCCAGAAAGGUGACGAAAUUGAGAAUCAGCUUAUUGACAUUGGUUUGAGGGUCCAGGAUGUCAGACCAGAGCUUGUCCGUGUUGGCCGUGAUCUCUUAAUGGAUCCUGCUUUACUUGGUAAUCCUUUCUUGCACAGGAUCUUAUCUGCUGCUGCUUGGCUGUGCGGGGAAUAUGUGGAGUUCAUCAGAAACCCUGUUGAACUCAUGGAGUCAUUGUUGCAGCCCCGGACGAGUCUCUUACCUCCAUCAGUGAGAGCUGUGUAUCUGGAGUCUGCUUUUAAAGCACUAGUGUUUUGUCUUCAUUCUUAUCUACAGAGUGCUACCAGUAGUGAUCAUUCAGCUCUGGGAUUAUCAGACCCUGGAGUGUCAAGUCAGUCAUAUGAUGAAUAUUCUGGAGCACAUGGGGAAAAUGGAGAGGAAUCUGGAACAACUCUUAUACAGGAAAACCACAUCACCCCCGACUCUGUUCUUCGCCUGUUAAACUUGAUCGACAUGGCUGUGGGUCCACUAUCAGGCAGCUAUGAUGUGGAAAUACAGGAAAGGACCCGGAACAUACUUGGUUUCACAGAGUUAAUAAAGCCAGUACUAUCUGAUUCCUUACAUCCACAAGAUGAAAGACAUAAACAGCAAGCUGAAGCUUCAAAAAUGGUUAGAUUAUUACAUGAUACAUUCUCUGAUGAGCUUGGACCCGUCUCAAUGAGUGCUCAGGGGAGAGUUCCUGUCCCGGAUGGACUAGUUCUCUAUGAGAAUCUUGCUGAUUUGGAAGCGGUAUGUGGAAGUAGCUUACCUGCAUCAAGUGCAACAAUUUCUUUUGAGGGCUCUCACAACGUGGAAGGUGCUACUAGUAUCUUUAUCUCUGACCAGAAAGAAGAAUCAGAGCCGUCAUCCGAAUCCACUUCAUUGCUUGCUGAACACCGUAAGAGACAUGGAUUAUACUAUCUGCCUUCGGAGAAGAACACUGAACAUCAUGAAGCAAACAAUGACUAUCCACCUGCCAAUGAACUGAAAUCAGGUGUUACCGUAAGUAAUGAUGCUCAGGAUCUCGCUAAGCUUGCUGAACAGUCUUUUCUACCAAAGAGAAAGUCGAAGCAAGUGAAGGCCAGGCCAGUUGUAGUGAAGUUGGAUGAAGGAGACGUGCUGCCCAUCUCUUCUAAGAUACCGCAGGCGAAAGACGAUUCGCUUUCAGAAGCUGUUAGAGAUGUUCUUUUAGGUAAUGAAGCUGAUGCUGACACAUUGACGCAGAAAGCUGCUGCUGAUUCAGUUAGUAGGAAGAAAGGCAAAGAGAAACUGAAUGCUAAGGAACAAGAAGAUGAUUUGGAUCAUAUGGAUUCGCAAAGUGGAACGGUCCAGAAUCCUGUUAAAGAGCGAAGUAAGAGAAGUUCGAGGAAGCAGAAUGCUGAUGAGGGGGACCAUGGUGGGGAUAAGGGAAAGCAGAAGAGAAGACAUCGACAUGGUAAGCAUAGAACACGAGAGGGAGUUCAAAAUCCUCCUGCCAAUGUUAUUUCACAGACACCAGUUCCUGAUUUACUUCUAUAGUGUCCAACUGUUUGUCAGAUGUGCGUUUUAAGUAGUAACUUUGGAGGAUCUGAUUGAUUUUUAUACCCUAGUGCUCCUUCGUCCAAAGUUUUUGUGGUCAUCCCAUCUUACAUUAUCUGAAACAUCUUCUGUAAAUUUUGUACUUGGCCCUUUUUCUUUUUUUUUUGGUUAGACCUUCCUGUUUUGCUUUCUGAGGGGAUAUUGUUCCUUGUUUACAACGCUGUAAAAACAUGCACUUUUUGGUCAGAGUGACAAGUUGGAAUUGAGUUUUUGGGAGUUGAAGAAAUUGGUAAAGCAAGAGAGUCAUGAUUUGUUGCUUUUCUAUGCAUGGUUCUUGAAUUGUCUGAGUAGUUUGUGGCCUGUGAUGAUUUCUGAGAUGCGACUAUAGUAUGCUAAUCACCAGAAUCUGAAAUGCUUCAGCAGUCUUACUGCAGUGCGUUAAUCAUCAAUCGAUGCUAGGAAAUUGCUGAUGCCCGAUUGACAGAACCAAUUCAAUUCCCAGGAAUUGCAGGAUCAUUGAAUUCUCCAAGAAAGCCAUACUUUCUUACCUGGAAUGACUCCACUUCCCUUGCUCAAAAGCUCUUUCCUUUUAGUAAAUUGGAAGGCUGCCUAGCAAGGUUGACGUGCCUUCCUUUCAUCAUUAUCUCUGACAUGCACAACAAUUAGGUGCUCACUUUGAUGACUGGUAGUAGAAGAAAGAGGAAGAAGAGAUUUCAACCCUUUCCGCCGCAGACUAGUUGCAGUAAACUCACAAUAGAAUCAAUUUCCUCCCUCCACCUAUUCUGACCCGUCUCAUUCUUGAUUCUAUUUUUAUCUAAAUUAUAUGUGAUUUUACUCAAAUUUACUUAGUAUCUUAUUUUUAUUAUCACAUAUUAUAAAUUUGUAAAUAGAUGAGAACUUUCAUUUCUCGAAAUAAUUUAAUUAUAUUUAUCAUAUUACAUUUUGUUUCUUGAGUUUUAAUGAAAAAAAUGAAAAUUAUAAUGUUUUUCUUUUAAAUAAUUCACUCCCGUGAUAAAUUACACAACCUGAAUCCGACCUACCACCAAAUAAGUAUGGAUAUUGAAAUACUUGUCUCGAACUUGUGCAUUGCCAUUCCUAAAAUUGGGGGUUGAUAUGGAGGGAGAGAAAACAAAGAACGAGAAGGAUUUGAGAAUGACCAAUAAUGCUGGUCCCGUCGGAUUAUUUACUCAACUAUAUUAAUAAUCUUAAUUAAUCUCUCCUUCAUAUACAUAUAUCAUUCAACUCGUCUCAUAAAAGAAAUCAUACAAAAUUCUAUCAUAAUUCAAAUGAGUAAUUAGGACUCGAUUAGGAAGUCGAUCGAUAGUGGAUUGCAUAAAUAAAACAAGUAGGCUAUAAAACAAAGAAAGAUAAGGUAGAAGUGAAAUAAGUAACUAGGGUUGAAUGAUCUCAGUUCACAUCAUAAUAGUCUUUAUCCUACACAUUUUAUGUGGUUAGAACUUAAAAGAGUAACCUUGUGAACCAGUCAAAUCGUUUGGUUCAUCCUAACUGUUCAAUCAAAAUGAACCAAAACGGAUAUCGUAAUUGAUUUGACGGUUCUACUGUUCUACAAAUACGGUCCGGUUCUGAUGACAAGGGUACCAAGAAAUUAAAAGUAUAUAUAAAGCAUGGACCGUGGCAUCCUCUUGAAUUUGACAUGAGAGUAGACUUAGGCAAUGACUAACAUCGUACACUAAUAGCUACCCAUAAAAUUCCACAAAAGAU